UAAAAAAAAUAUGUUAUAAAUACGUACAAGAAAACGCGCGAUAUCGCAUUUAUACUUAUCGGAUUGAAGAGUAGUACGUGUGCGUGUGUGUGAGUGAGUGUUACCGCAUUUGCAUGUUUGUGUGCGUAACGACUAUGGUUCCUGGUUCGCCGUGCCGUCGUCACGCGGCCAUAGAAACUACCUAAUCGAUGGAAAAAUAUCGAUCGACCCUCGGCGAAGGUGAACCUUACCGAAAAGUACGCUCAGUCGAGUAAAGAACUCUCCACCUGUCACGUCGAAAUACCAGUCGUCAGCUCGAAAUUUCAUUUUGCGAUUUUUUGCAAGAUCCACGUACCUAUAGGAUUGUGCGUUCUCUUUUCCUAGUUAUUAAGCGUAAGGUUCGCUGCCAAGAUUGUAGAAUAAAAUGACAGCAAUAAUGUACGACUCCAAGCCGAACAAUCACAUUUUUCUAACUCCUCGAGUACCUCAAGGACUAGCAGCAGCUGUCGAAGGAUUGACUCGGGAAGUCAUCCGUCAUCGCCCAGAAAACAUAUACAUCUUCGCCGCUCAUCACUUUGAGAAGCUGUUACGUCUUCGAGAGCAAUACGAUGACACUCCGGUAAACAAGAACAACAUGAAAAUUCUCCACGACAUGAACGAGACGAUAAAGGAGCGACAUAUCUACCUUGAGUCGAAAGAUACGAAUAAUUAUGUUCAGCACAGUGGAUGGUCCCUAAACGAGACAGCAAAGGUCUUGGAACGUCAUCGAAGUAUCUUCGGAGAGAGCAAUCAGAAGAUCACUACCGAAGAAGUGCGAGAGCUUGCUAAUGAGAAAAUUUCACCGACAUCGAAAAUUCCGGUCACCAGUCCCAAGAAGUCGAAAGAAAGAUGGUCGGGUAUUGAAAAUAAGAAUAUCACAAGUAAAUAUGCUGCAGCCAGUUCGAGCAGAAGAAGAGAGUCGCCGAGAGUCGGGACGCAAGAUUGGCACAGCACUAGUAAUAAACACGACAGCAAAACUACUCCGAAAAUAAUAUCCCAAAUACCUCUAGCAAAAGAUAUCAAAACAGAGUUGAAGAAAAAUCGGAUGAGCAGUAGAGAGAGAAAAAAGAGUGAAGAGAAGAAGAUUCAAGUUGCUUGCGAAUACAGCAAAGAGACGAUAAUCGAGAAAACGUCGAGGAGGUCGGUGGAGAAAACCAAGAGAAAUUACGAGACUCGAACCGAACAGCGCAAAACCUCCCGAACGGAGGACACCACGAAAAAGAGAACCGAAACUACAGAUUCACCGAAGCUCAAAAAAUCUUCAAGAUCGGUCAGUAUGGACCACGUGAAAAACUACGUCGUGCAGAAUUUCGUCGGGAUGACGAGUUUGGACGAACUUCAAACGCCGAGCUACGUGGAAAAAGUCCAGGAAGUGAUCGACGAAACGUCGAUGAUCAUCAAGGAAAAGGUAGAAGCUUUGAAAACCGGCGUCGUCAAAGCAUCCCGAUCGAAACACUCGAAGAAGGACAGAUCUGCUAGUAGUGACGAACAUUCGAAAACUUCGACCAAAUCCACUGAGAGCGACAAGCAAUCGCCUAAAAAUGUCGACAAUGAUAAAUCGGAAUCCAAGAAUUCUGACAAUUCGGAAGGCUCAAACGAGUCGAAAAUUUCGUUACCAGCAGUAAGGCCACCUUCUUCCAAAUCUACAUCCAGAAGCUUAUCGGCUCGAAGCGAUUCCGACGGUUUAGUUUUACCACCGAUUUCACCCGAAUUCACCAAGUCGGAGAAAGUGAAAGAAGAGUUGGUUCUUCCCGUACUGUCGCCGCCGCGUAGUACCACUACGUCACCCGAUGUUCCUGUAAAUCCAGUCGUCACAGUCGAAAAACCUGCGGAUACGAAGGAUGAGAAGAAUGCGAAAGAUGCGAAGGAUGCUAAUCACGAGGAAGAAUUUCAAGAUAGUCUAAACGUAACGCCAGAGCCAAGGGAUCCAGAUCAGAGGCCGGAUUCUCUUGAGACUUCCGAAGUCGUGGACAAGAGCGACAGCAGUGGACACGUCAGUCCUCUCGAGACGUUGAAGGAUAAGCUGCUGGAGAUCGAGGAGGUGCAAAAACGCAUCGAAGGAGUCCUAGAUGAUACCAAAACUACCGAUGAGAAGGCGAACGAUGACGCUGGAAUCGCUUUGAACAUCCAAGAUAAACUCUUGAAAAUCCACGAGUCGGAGAAGCGAAUUGAAAAGAUUUUGGAUUCGCAAUCGGCGGAUGCAGAUGAACGUAAAACUGAUAUAGAAAGAAAAUUGAAGGAGUUGGAAGACGCCGAGAAGAGAAUAGAAAAUAUUUUCGUUAGCGAAAGCGAUAGGGAAAGUUCAAACAAGACAGACGUGAUGGUGGUUGAGCAGAAAGACAACGCUAUUUUGACAACCAAGAAAAUUGAGAAGGAAGGUGACAAUGGUCAUGAAAAAGAAAGCAGGUCUGCUAGUAAUUCAGGAAAAAGCACGCAGAGCAUCAAGGAGGAGAAAACUAUUCCAACGUCUGCAGUAGACACUCGCGUUCUGUCGCCGCAUUCCUACAUCCUCACCGAAGGUUCUCCAUACGAUAUUCCAGACUCGGUGACGACCGUGAUAAUACCCGACAGAAACCCAUCUCCAGACUCUGACACUCUCAACAUCGAGAUAGAAAACGACAAAAUUUACACGACGCUCCUAUCGUCGAAAGAACUAAAAGAGGUACAAGCGGACGAUUUCUCGGCCGAGACAUCCGAGGACCAGACGAGCAGUAUUCACGACGCUUUCGGCGAACCCGUAGAAGACACAGAGAACGUGGAAACUUCCACCGUCGACGUAGAACUCAUGCGCGGCAUCAAAGCCAGCCACGACAUAAUCGUGUCACGCCAAGAUCUCGAUCUUAUACAGGAGGAACGCGACAAGGAGGAGGCAAUCGAUUCCGAGGACGAGAAAGUUCUAAAAGUCGUCACGAGCUCUCUGGAAGAAAUUCUAGACAAAAGCGAAGUGGAGUACGUGUCCAAGGAGGAAAUACAGAGCGUCGUGAAAAAUGUUCAAAAAGAGGAGCCUGAAGAAAGUUCUCCGGAGGCCGCGAAGACGGGCGAAUACGUGUCAACCACCGAUGAAACGAAGGAGAGCAGCGCCGACGACAAUCUCGUUGAGACCGCGGAAGUCGUCGAAAAUUCUCUGGAUAUCGAGGAAAUUACCGCGAGAUCGGGUGAGUCGUCCAACGAAUUAAAAGAAACCUCCGCGUUGACCGACAGGUCAAGCUUGUCGUUCGAUCCAGCCGUGCCCAUUGUACCAGAAUUGAAUUUGGAUUCUCUGCCGGACUUGACGAUCUCGUCAUUCAACAUAACCGACGACGAGCAAAAGAUCAAUCAGACCGAGAGCAAGAAAUCAAGCUCGUCGGAGGCUACUCUCAGUUUAACGGACGGAACAAAAGAACUUUCGAGCGACGAUAAAAAGUCUCUCGGCGAUAAAGAGAUGACGAACCUUGAGAAAAACGAAGAACAAACGCGACAAUUAGACGACAGCGGUAAACAAGAAAAUCGGGAAGCCAUGGAGGAGGCUGCAAACGAUUCCACAGAAAAAUUAGAAAGCACCAGCCAAGUCGUAACAGACGACGUGGCGGAGAAGCUCGAAACGGAAGAGUACGAGAAGCUCGAGAAGAUUUUGAUAUCCAGCGUAGCGGCGGAAGAUAAAAAACAAGCGUCCGAAAACACUCAUCAGAGUGAGAAAAUCGGCCUAGACGAGGCGGCUUCUGAAUGGAAAGCUCGGAUAGUGAAUCAUACCGGCGACGACGAGGGCGUGCCAGAUGAUAUUAAUAAAUUUGUUUGCGACGACGAGAGCGGUGAAAAUAAACAAACAAUUCAGCAGCAAUCGGCGCAUCAGAGUGACAAUGCAGAAUCGUCAUCGCGGGUCGAUAUCGUCGAAAACGAGCAGCAAUUGCCCGUUGAGUCGUCGAGUCAAUGCACGGACAAGCUGGAUGAUCUUUCAAUCAAGACAAAUGCCGAUGAAGUCGCGUCGCAGAUUGAUAAUCAGAGCCUCGACACCAGCUCAAAACCAGAAGAAGAAGAAGAAGAAAAAGAAGAAAAAGUCGAUGCCGAGAAAUCUUCUGGAGACGUUGCCACAAAGGAGGAAACGAGCGACGAGAAGAAGCACUGCUCCAUAUAUGUACCGGAAACGAGCAAGGACCUCAGCACGGAGUCCACCGAGUCGAGCACCUUCAUGUCGGCGGCGACCAAGAUUCAAGCAGGUGUUCGUGGCUUUCUGACGCGGCGUCGCCUGCAGAGCACGCAACGUCGCAGUUCCACUUUGGACAGCGUUCCAUCGAUCCAGGAGAGCUUUGCGGUCGAAAACUCAACUCCAGCCGAGAUUCGGAGCAUACCGUCAACGACGCACCUGAUACCGAUUGUCGAGAGCGCCUCCUCGAUAUCGGAUGCGCGCUCUCGAAAGAAACUCCGACGCGAGGACGCUGUUCAGCGCACGACGCUAUCGGUGGAAAACGCCUUCGCGGAAAAUCAACUGCAGCACACCGGCGAGUUCCACGACUGCAUUCCGCUGCCGGUGCUCGACGCGGCCGGUGUUCUCGCGUUGAAGCUUGCGAGACAACAACAGCAGCAGCAGCAAUCCGACAGGUCGGAUAACGGCGAUGUAUCGGUUGUCGAGGAAGUGAAGGACAAGACGAAGGAUGACGAAGCCAAGAACGUGGAGCAGCUGCUGGGCAAGAUCCUGAUGGAACACGCGACGAUUCCGGGUCCCACCGCCAAGCUGGGGCCGUUCGUCGACGUGGUACUCUUACCCGGUGACACCGAGGCCAUGCUGCAGAACAGCUACCUGAACUUCAUAACCAGCGUAGAGGACGUGGCGAACGAGCUCUUCCCGGACCCGCUGAUGCGCACGGGAACACCCAAGGGCGUCAUCAUCGAGGAGAUCACAAGCCUAGACGACAUCAAGAGCGUUGGUCCGCCCACGGAGAGCGUCAGCUCGGAGAUCGAGACCGAGUCCAAGAAGGAUGAAUCCAGUAGUAAGGAAGCUCCGGCGCAGAACACCGAAAGCUCGGAAAUCAAACCAAGCGUGGAGCCUGGAAAAGCUGUAGCCGUGGAGGAACCAGCGAAAACCAAGCCCGAAGCUCAGGAAAAAGAGGAGGUAUCGAUCUCCACCUCGGAAGAGCCCCUCUCUAUGAACAUCGACGAGGUACUAGGGCUGGGCGACGAGGACGAAAACUCCCGCAAGCCAGUCCGAGCCAUGACCAAGCUCGCCUCGGCAGAGCUCAUACCAAGGACGAGCAGCCUUUCGCAGGAGAGCCACUUGAGCGACGAGCGAACCAAGUCACCGGUCACCAUGAUGCAGAUAGCACCAGGUGCGAGCGUCGAGGAAAAGUCCGAGGACAAAAGCACGGAUCUGACCGCCAAGGAGGGCAGCAGCACCGAGGAAAAGGAGCAGGAGAGUCCCAAUACCCAGAAAAAGUCCAACGACACCGCUUGAAUUCCCCGUAGCGUUAGUGUCAUCGCGCGUUUACAUACUGUAUACAUUUAUUAUCUAUUCAAAUCUGCAUAGGCUGUAAUCACGGAUACCGUUUAUCGCAUAUCGUCUGCAUUAGAAAUAACGUUUUACACAACGCCGCACUGUCUGCUCCGUAACAAAAUCGAAUCCGCGGGUAAAAGCCGCCACAGCAUCGCAAGCUCGCGUUAACUCCUUAUAUAAACCGUCGGCGGCGAUCGCCCUCGUCUGUCUUUUUUCCUCGCUUCUCUUGCGCGCUCGUGAAUCACUCGGCACACAGCGCCGUAUUUUUGUACUUACCGCAGCGCGCAGCUUACCCGGCUCGCGCGUUAAUUUAUAAAUACCGUCUGCAUUUUUAUCGGCCGGCGAAUCUUGCGGGCUCCGCGGAAUGCGAUCGGUAUUUCGGUGCUACUUGGCGGCGGCCUAUGGACUAUGUAUACUCGCUUGCGUAAUUCGGGUGUGAAUGGGGCGGCGAAGCUCUCUCUCUCUCUCUCUCUCUCUCUCUCUCUCUCUCUCUCUCUCUCUCUCUCUCUCUCUCUUGCUCGCAAAUUAGUCGCUGGCGGAAAUCCCUACUCGCGCAAGCCCGCUCGCGCUCCUCAAAGGCAUUUUCAUUGACAACGCGUAUGUGACGCAAGUCGACAUCCCGUAUACGUUUAUAGGUGCGCGCGAUGAGCGCGUAUUAAUAGCGAGAGCGAGCGCGCCGCCCAGUGUACAGCGGAUUUGCGCGUAGCUGCGAUUAUCCGCGCCGUAUAAAUAAAUGACUGUACUCGCCGAGUCGAGCUUCGAGUUUCUUAUAUAGCUGUUUACAGCCGAACGGAGAAGAAGAAGUUGGUCGGAUCUCGCACGCGCGCGCGAGAUGAGUCAGCUGCCGCGGAGAUCUCGCUCUCAUUUUCUUGUUUGCGCGAUUCAAUUGAGCGCUGGCGACACAAUUGAUCCUCGUCAUCUCUCUCUCUCUCUCCCGUGAAUUGUUCGCGCAUAUAGUCGGUCUCUCCGAUAUACGUCAUUCGUUUAUAAAUCGGGAGAGUCGGUGGUCGGUUUUGUUUCUGCCGCUUGCGCGCGCGCGCGCGCGCUGCGGGCGUAUGCGUAUAUAAAAGGAAGCCAAGCGCACGAUACAACACACACAAACGCUGUAUAUUUACUCGCGCGCGAGCAAGCGCAGUUGAGCGAGAUAAACGCAUGCGCAGAGUCGAGAGCGCGCGGUCCGAUAGUUUAUCCGAAAAAUCAUCGACGAGCGCAGUGUAGUAGUGGCGAGCGAUCGAGACGUCGAGGCGAUCAUGUCCGAGGACAAGUCGGUCGAGGAGGUCCAGGGCGCGGACAAAGCUGCGGCUAAGAUUCAAGCGGGAUUCCGGGGCUACCGGGUGAGGAAGAGGCUUCAGGAGGAGAAAAAGGCCAAGGAGAAGAAUCAGAACGACGAGGCGUCCGCCGAUUCCGAGGAGGAGUCGCACCAGGACCACAUGGAGAACAGCAACAAGUCUAACGACGGCCUGUUGGAGGACAAGUCGGCGACCAAGAUCCAAGCCGGCAUCCGCGGCUACCUGGUGCGGAAACGUCAACAGGCCGAGCAGGCCGCGGCGACGCGGAUCCAGGCGGGCUUCCGUGGCUUCAGGACGCGCAAGCUCCUCAAACAGAGCGGCCAGUGACGACGGCGAAGAGUGAUGCGAUUUAAAGUGCGCGCCCAAUGGCACCGACCCAGAUACCUGACAGGCCAACUUCCGCCCUGUCUCUAUACGUCCGUGUGCGCGCGCGUGUGUACGUUGAUAGUUGGCAGCGCGGUCAGGCUGAUCACGAGGUGUGCUACUGUUGCGGCCGAAAAAAAAGUAUGCGAGGGAAUAUGGGUGUACUGUGUGUAGAGGUAUAAUCAAUCGCAUUUUGGUGGUGGUUUUUCGGAGGUGGUGUGAGUCUGAUGUGUAACUCGUAUUUUUUUUACAUUCUACAGUGUAGCCUGUGUGUCAUAUGUAUUUUAACGUAGGAGGAUACGUUUCACGAGAGAUAAAUUUGUAUAUUAUUUUCUAUGAUAUAUAUUCCAGAAUGCGUGUGUAUUUUUAGAGGUUUGAAUGAUGAUAUAAUGCAAUAAAUUCUGUUGUUGGUCAUUUACGAUCGAGAUUUUGUACACUGUACUCUUUGUGUGUUUCGGAGAGUAAAGUAGGAGAACAGGCAAGGCCGAUUCGUCAAAACUUCUAUUAUAGGCUAUUUUAACGUUUAUUUCAAUGGCCGCUGAAUAUCAUUGUCUCCGCGCUGGUACAAUGAGAUUGAUUGUGCAAAGGGGAACAGCAGUUUGCGCAACGAGUUUUAACCGUCUCCGCGCGCUAAUUAGUGUGUAUUCACUGUAAUAAUGAAACUUGUUUACACGAGUGUUUGAUCGAUUCUUCAAUGUAUUUUUAUAUCCGCGAAAUGUUAUAGUUUGCUGUCAGUUGGUAUAUAAGAGGAAAUUCCUCGCAUAUGCGGAUUACUCAUUAGUUGCAUAAAUAAACACACUCGUGUGCAAUUGUACAUA